GGGUUUGUGGCGUUUCUUUUUGAGUGAGGAAGCGGUGCCUUUCGCAUGGUGAUGGUGCCGAUGGCGGCACCGACCUUUCGUCAUUGACGAGGUGGAGGGCAUCGGUGGCCUUCUAAGUUCUGUUCUUUAGAUUCUCACAAAACCCACAUUAGGGAGGGGGUUGUGAAAAGGGGAAUUAGGGAUUUGUGGUAGAGUAUGGUGGUGGUUCUAGAGAUGAAACUUUUUCAGGGAUGAAGAUCAUGCUAUCGCUAUUUUAUCUACUUCAUAAAGAGUUAGAAAGUGGAGUUUUUGCUUUCUGAAUCAAGGUUGAUGAUAUUUAGAGUUACGAACUUAGGAUCUUACUUUUUGUGCCUUUUGCUUUUUAUUUGGAUGGGUCCCAAAUAAUUUUCUGACGGCUAUUAGCUGCUAGGAUAAAUUAACCACCACCAAACAAUUAAAAUAAUUAAAUAUUAUCUCCCCCAUCAGUAUUUAAAGAAGAGAUAUUUGACACUAAAGAAUAAAAUAGUUUGUGAAUCAAGAUCCCUCAAUGGAGGGACUAAAAAUAAAUUUUUUUAAAGGACUCAAAACAUAUUUUAUGUUAUUCUAGAGCAAGUUUUGUGAAAAAAAAAAUGCAAGAUUUAGUUAGGUUAAUAAAAAUAACAUUAAUAUUUCUACCUUAAUUCAAACCCUUCUUCAGCUUCUGCAAAUUGUUUUGUUUUGUUUUUGCCAUCACCAUUCUCCGUUAACCUAAAGCCACCUUCGUCGAUCGGUGAAAGAGCAAUUGAUGUUCGAUUGAAAUCAAAAAUGAGUUUCGUGCCAAAGGAGACAAUCGAAGUCAUCGCACAGAGCAUCGGCAUCACCAACUUGUCCCCCGAUGUUGCCCUCGCUCUCGCUCCCGAUCUCGAAUAUCGCAUUCGCGAAAUCAUGCAGGAAUCGGUAAAAUGCAUGCGCCAUUCAAUGAGAACUUUUCUUACUACAGAGGAUGUGGAUACUGCACUUGCAUUGAGAAAUUUGGAGCCAAUAUAUGGGUCCACCUCUAAUGAUCCUCCGCAGUUCAAAAGAGCUGCUGGACACAAGGAUUUGUUCUACAUUGAUGACAAAGACGUGGAUAUCAAAGAUAUCAUUGAAGCUCCUUUACCAAAAGCACCCCUUGAUACAUCAAUUACUAGCCACUGGUUGGCUAUUGAAGGUGUGCAACCUGCAAUUCCUGAAAAUGCUCCAGUUGAAGCUCCCUCCGAGAUAAGAAAAUCUGAAUAUAAGGAAGAUGGGCUUCCUGUUGAUGUUAAAUUACCUGUUAAACAUUUAAUAACAAGGGAGCUUCAGCUUUACUAUGAGAAAAUAACUGACCUAACUUUAAAUAAGCCUGGAUCCAUUCCUUUUAGAAGAGCAUUGGUUAGCUUGGCAACAGACUCGGGACUCCAUCCCUUAGUUCCUUAUUUCACAUUUUUUGUUGCUGAUGAGGUGGCACAGAAUUUAAAUAAUUUAGCUGUUUUAUUUGCCUUGAUGCGCCUUGUGCGGAGCCUUUUGCAAAAUUCUCAGAUACACAUAGAACUUUAUUUACAUCAAUUGAUGCCACCUAUCAUUACUUGCAUUGUUGCAAAAAGGAUAGGAAACAGACUAUCUGAUGAUCACUGGGAGCUUCGGAACUUCAGUGCUAAUCUUGUUGCUUCAAUAUGCCAAAGAUUUGGGCAUAUUUAUCACAAUCUGCAGCCACGUGUGACAAAGACAUUUCUUCAUUCUUUCUUGGACCCUACAAAAGCUUUGCCUCAACACUAUGGUGCAAUUAAAGGGAUAGAAGCUCUCGGAUCAAGACUGAUUCGCUUGCUUAUACUUCCAAAUCUCGAGCCAUAUUUGCAUCUUCUUGAGCCAGAAAUGCAACCUGAGAAGCAAAAAAAUGAAAUGAAGAGGCAUGAAGCUUGGCAAGUUUAUGGGGCUUUGUUGGGUGCAGCAGGACAAUGCGUGCAUGAAAAGGUCAAAAUGUUUAGCAAUUUGUUCUCUCCUCCAACUCGGGUUACUUCAAGAGGCAGUGGAAAAGCUGUGAUUGCGAUGUCAGGCAAACGAAAAGCCAGCACUGACAAUCUGAUGCAGCAGCAGCAGCAGCUGCCUCCAAUGAAGAAACUUGCAACGGAUGGCCCUGGGGGUGUGGUAGCAAUGAACUCCAUGUUAGUUGACAUGCAAGGUUCAACAGGUGGAUAUUCCUCCAUGAUGGGGGUUUCUUCAAUGUCAAUGGCUCGUCAAAUAUCCAUCGACAACGUGCCGGGGAGGGAGGUUGGAGAUCAACAAAGGAAGGUGUCGUCCACUCUUGCUCAGGCUUGGAAGGAUGACAUUGAUACAGGAAAUUUGGUGUCAUCAGUGGUUGAAUUAUUUGGCGAAAGUGUGUUGCCGUUUGUUGUUUCAAACCCUGAAGCAUGUAUGUUUUUGUAGCACUAGUUGCACUGUGUAGGUAUUUGUUUUUUGCAUGUGAAAGUGCAUGCAAUAAGGUGGCAUGUCUCAUGUGACUUGCUGCAGAAUAUAAAUUACCAUAGGCUAGAAUAGAAAUUAACCUUGUAUUUAAAUUUCUUUGAUAUUAGUAACACGUCUGGGAUUUUGUCUUUAGAUUAUUUAUUUAGCAGUGAUGAUUCUAUUAUCCUUUCUC